ACAUACCCAUCUACAGUUUGCGCACAGUUAGCGGGGAGACCUCGACAGGUUUAGACAUGAAGAUCGUGAGUGUUUUAUUCCUCUACACUUUGGCAGUUAUAAAUAAUGCCUGGUGUAGUGGUAUACCUCAAAUAAAACUAAAUGAUGGCAGGGAAAUACCAGGUUUUGGUUUGGGAACAUGGCUCGGUAUUGCUAAAGGAGGACAAGGUCUGGAGCCUGUCAAAGAUGACAGCGUCCAGAAAGCAGUGGAGUGGGCCAUCGAUGCUGGGUACAGACACAUCGAUACCGCGCGCAUUUACGAAACAGAACAGCAGAUUGGCGAAGCUAUCAAAAAGAAAAUUGCAGAGGGCACAGUGAAAAGGGAAGAAUUGUUUAUUACCACUAAGCUGUGGAAUGAUGCCCACGCCAGGGACGAGGUGGUGCCUGCACUUCGUCAGUCUCUGAAGGAACUGAACCUGGACUAUGUGGACCUUUAUUUGAUACAUUGGCCCCUUGCGCAUUUUACUAACCUGACCUUCGAGAUCAUAGACUACCUGGACACUUGGGAGGGGAUGGUCGAGGCUCAGCAGCUGGGUCUGACCAAGUCCAUCGGCGUGUCUAACUUCAAUAAGGACCAAUUGGAGAGACUCAUCUCGAACAGCAAAGUCAAACCUGCUGCCCUGCAAAUUGAGGUUAACCUGAACCUCCAACAAUCUGUUCUCCGUGAUUACUGCAAGGAGCACAACAUCGCAGUCACUGGGUACACACCCUUCGGUUCUUUGUUCCCAUCCAAGGCCGCACCCAAUGCGCCCCCACCCCGGGUGGAUGACCCAGCACUAGUGAAGAUCGCCAAGAAAUAUAACAAAAGUGUACCGCAGAUCGCUUUGAGAUAUCUGGUGGAUUUAGGCGUGAUACCAAUACCAAAGUCGACUACCAAGUCCCGUCUAGAACAGAACAUCGACGUAUUCGACUUCGAGCUGACCCAGCCGGAGAAAGACCUCAUGAAGAGCUACGACCGAGGGUACAGGAGCGUGGAGCCCAAAAUGUGGAUCCAACACCCUGAGUAUCCGUUUGAGAAGAAUUAAAACUGUUUAAAAUUGUUUAUUGCAAUUUAUAAACUUUUUUUUGUGUUUAUUUGAGUUUACAUUUUUAAUAGCUCCAAUAUGUUUUAGGAUAUAUUAAUACAAAAUGGAAGUAAAUACAUAUACAUACAUGUUUAAUAAUAUAAUCAUUUUAAUCUAUACAUCUAUACAUAUAAAUAAAAUUGGAGUGUCUGUUUGUAAUAUUGAAAUAACCGUUUUUUACUACAUGCAUAUGAAUAUAAAUACGGUACAUGCACCAGA